AUGACGGAGCGUAGUUGGCUACUGUGUAACUCGAUACUAAAACCCCUAUUGUACCCAACGUCUGAGACAGAGAUUGUACGACUUCGACGUGAGAACGAAAAGCUCAAGUACGGGAAGGAGGUAGCGGAGGUGAGAGAGGAUGAAAAAUGGCGCGAGAAAGAAGAGCUCCACUGCUAUACCUACCUUUACCAGAACUUCAAGCUUGCCGAUAAGUCUAUUGUCCUCAACGGGGCUUACAAAGGGUUGAUGAGUACUACUCGGGAUAUGGGAAGGAGCAUUUCCGCCAAGCUAGCGGCCAACGAGAGUGCGGUCAUGUAUUUUGAAAAGGUUGCGACCGAAGACGCUAUUGUUGUUAUUUUUAAGCACCUGCAAGGCCAGGAAGCAAUUCGUACUUAG